AUUUUGCAUUUCCAGGGGGCAGAACUGUUAGUAAACAAAACAGUUCUCCUCCCUGUCCACUCGUGCACACUGCUUUGCAGCUGUGCACAGCACAGCCAUGCAAAGCAGUGCGAUAACAGUGAAGCACAAAAACACACAGCACACAUAGUAAAACAGCACACAGUUAACCGUCUGAUUGCCCCACAUGUUAACCCCUUCCUGCCCAGUGCCAUUAGUACAGUGUCAGUGCUUUUUAGUAGCACUGAUCACUGUAUUGGUGUCACUAGAGAUGUCAGUGACACCAAGUCAGUUCCCCCCACGGUGUCAGAAUGCCCACGUAGUCCCGCUAUAAGUCGCUGAUCACCGCUGUAACUAGCAAAAAAA